AUGGGGUUACAUAUAUUUCCAACUAAGAUAGUAAAUUUGGUAAAUAUAAUAGUAUCAAUAUUCUGCCCAGCAGCUGAAACAUACAAUUUAUUAUUUCAUAAAAAAGACAAGGCAAAUGAAGAUUAUGUCCAUCAUAUUCACUUUAUAACAUAUUGGAUUAUUUAUUCUUUAUACUAUUGUCUUGAGUCAUUAUUAUUAAUUCAUAUUAUGAAUUAUAUCCCAUUUUAUUUCGAACUUAAAUUAUUGCUUUUUUUUUGGUUAUAUAAUGAUACAUUUCAAGGAGCAGGUUACAUUUAUUUUAAAUUCAUUGAAAAAUAUUAUAGUACCAUAGAUAAAAAAAUAUGUGAUAUAGUUUAUACAAAUGUACCAAAAAAUAUAAUAAACCUUUUCCCUUUUGAGAAGCAACAACCAAUUACUCUUAAAAAAUCAUCAAGCAAACUUAGAAGCAUGGUAUCCAAAUAA